CUGCGGCUACGCUGGAGGGUCGGCGUGGCGGUUGUGGGCCGGGCAGCGACGCCCCCGGAUCUCAGGGUGCCGUGAGCUGCGAGGUGAAAGCCCUGUGUGAUGGAGGUGGGCAUUCCGGCUGGAUACAGCCCAACAAGCAAAGGCACCGACAACAUGCUAGAGAACAAGGCCAUCAAAUCACCCAAGGCGGUCAACUUCGAGCCGGCCCACGGCCGCAUGGACAGCAGAAAGAAGUACCUGACGGCUAAGUACGGCAGUCACCAGAUGGCGCUCAUCAGGAAGCGGCUCAGCGUCGAGAUGUGGGUCCUCGAGGAGAUGGCCAAGCUGUACGGCCCGCAGACGGGAGACCAGGCGGCGGCGCACCAGGAGCUGGACCUGGACGAGCUGCUGGACAUCGACGGCACUGCCGAGCGACGCAGCUACCUGCGCCGUCUGCUGGCCGACGCCAGCGCCCCGCCGCGGCAGCAGCUCCACGCUUUCAUCGAGGAGCUGCUGGCGCAGGCCGACAAGCUGUGAGGCGGACGGGGGCGGCGCGGCGGUCGGGCUGCCCCUCGUGUGUCACCUGGACGCCGGGCGACCGGAUGCGGUGUCGGGCGCCCCGGCUUCGCUCCGCCAGCGUCGCUCCGUCGGCAGGAGAGGCACGCGACGGCGCCCCCCCGGCAAAUGACGCCACCUCGGCGGGGUCUGGUCUCCGCUCACCGGCGUGGCCAACGGCGGCUGCGCCCGGCCCGAGCGGGAUGACGUCAUGACACGAGACACGAGGAGAACGAGCAGGCGGUGUACAGUGGCGCGUUCGGAGGGUCGUGCGUGAAUGUCGCCUGGACCGGGCGGCGUCCAGGUGACGUGGCGGUGACCACGGGCGAGGACUCAGCAGCCCCGCUGUUAAACUGACGUCACUCAGCGAGAAACUGAUUGGACGUUUUCGGCGAAUGGUCAGGGCGGCUUUCUGGGCUCAUCGUCACCAGCCACAGUCAGUUGUUGGUGCUGCUGGAGCAACGGAAAACAUCAGCGUUGCUCGUACUGGCCAAGCAUGCCAAGUGCGCCAGUUCCGACUGACUGUCGGGCUGCCCGCGCUAUGCACCGGCUCCCUAUCAGGGCUCGAUCCGCCGAGGCUCUGAGAGCCAGCCUGGUGAGGGAGACGGCACGACGCGCCAGCACCGGCACGGCUGACCAGCCCCAGCGCCGGCAACGCCGGCACCAGGCAGUUGGAGCCUCGGGGACGUUCCAGGUGCCGCCAGAGGACAGCUGGGCGAGCCCGGCUCAGCACGCCAUCCUGUCCAGCUGCCGACCGUCACCGCUAGAGCAGCGGCUGGGUCCAGCCGGCCAUGUGUCGCACUGCCCUGUCGUAGCUGUGGUGUGUCACAGGACCCGCAAAGCUGACACGCUCGCGGCGCGCCGUGUUCACGGAGGGAAGCAUCCCGCAGUGGAACACAACGGUUAGUGACGUUAGUGUAUUAGGCAGCGACCGGGUUCUAGUUGUUCUGUGCGGUCGUCCUUGCUGAGCGCUACCCAAGAGCCGCAUCACGACCCGAGUACCAUUUUCGUUCGAGCGGCGAUGUCUCGGCAGCCGCGAGCGUUUACCAUCUGACGUACCAAUACAUGUACGGAACGCG